CGUACUGGCCCCGCCGAGGCCACGGACUUCCUCAAAUGCGGCUACAAAGCCCUAUAAUGUGAAGGAGGCACAGUCGGUCAUUAAAUCUGUGGCCGCGGCAGCAUACUAGGGUAAGGGCUGCCCGAACUGCCCCAUGAGAGGGACGUAGCUAAGCCAUAAAGAAGGAGAUUGUUGUUGCAGCACUUGGAAGUUGUGAAAGGGAUUAGGGAGAAGAAGAAAAAUCGUGCAGCUGACCAGCUCAGCUCUCCAACAUGAGUCUGAGGAAAGUGAAAGGAAAAGCACCCCCCUUGCCUUCUGAAUUCAGGAAUGUAGAGUCCUCCUUAGGAACCAAGGCAGCCGAACCAACGAACAUCAUGGAGCCAAAUGAGAAUUCCACUGACAGGGAUAUUGACCUCAAGGUAGUUCUUCCUGGAGGAGUAGAGAAAUCAACAACUGUACCUGGGACGAAACCGGUUAUGGAUUUGUUAAUAUUACUUUGUGGAAAGUACCAUUUGAAUCCUUCAAGCUAUGCCAUAGAGCUGAUGUCUGCAGACAAGAACCAAGUCCGGUAUAAACCCAAUACCCUCAUUGGAACUCUGGAAGUAGGAACUGUAAUUUUAAAGCAAAAAAAUGUUGACGACAAAAACAAGAAGCCUACUCCUGUAGCCCCCGAGCAAACAAUACGACUAGUUAUCAAUUACAAGAAGUCACAGAAAACAGUAGUAAGGGUUAGUCCACGGGUACCUUUGCAAGAGCUGAUACCUGCCAUCUGUGAAAAGUGUGACUUUGACCCAAAAUACACUGUGUUGCUGAAAGACUACCAGUCACAGGAAGUUCUUGAUUUAACAAAACCUCUUAAUGACCUUGGCUUAAAGGAGAUCUAUGCAGCGGAUACACGCAGAGCGAGUUCACCUGCAGAGUCCAUGGAAUCCUUCUCCCAGCAAGAAUUGUUCCAAGGACCACACAAUGAUACUAUUCAACGGGACAAAGAUGGCAAAGGUUUAUUAGGCUUGUUCAGACGAAGCAAGAAGAAGCAGGACCAGACUGCAAGUGCGCCAGCAACUCCAUCACUGAAUCAGCAGCGACCUGGCAGCAUGGUGAAAUCAAGUGAGCAUCCGGUACUGUACGAGUCGAACACUUUGCCAGCUGAAAUGCCAAAGAAGAGAAGGGCUCCUUUGCCUCCCAUGGUUUCCUCCCAGAGUGUUCCGAAGGACCUAGGUCAUUCUAGAUCAGUUUCUUCGGUCAGUCAGUCCAGCAUUGUCAUGGCUGCUGAACAGAACUCCACUGGAGAUCGUUCUUUGCAGUCUAAUGGAACACCGUUUGUAUCCUCCAUAAAAAGGACAAAGCGUAAAGCUCCAUCCCCUCCCCCGCAACUUACUAAGGCACAGCAAGACCAGAGUACUCACAAUAGCACUGAAACAGAAUCAGUUGAAAUGAAACCCAGCCUUGAAGUAAAGACAGACUUAGUCACAGAUCUAGUGAAAGAAGGUGACACACCUACGGCAGCCUCAUCUACAACUAGUAACUCAAUGAACACAGAUGAAGAUCAGACUGUGUCUGCAGUAGGAACAGACCUGCACGCACCUUCCACUAAGUGCCUGGUAUCAACACACAGGGAACUGGAGCCUGUGAUAGAGCCUCCUGAUGAAGCUAGCAUUUCAGCUAGCACUGGUACACCAGAUACUUCUGAAAUAUCGCACGAGUCUGGAAUUGGACUGGAGUGUAGCCUUGAUGAAAUCAAUGAAAAGGAAGAGACGGGUACAUCAGACAAAGAGGACACUGAAAGUAGGCCUAGGAUCCAGCAAGAGGUUCUAAACCCCUCAUCGCCAGAUACUGGAAGAAACGAAUGUACAUCACAGUCCAGUCCUACAGAUGUGAUCAUUUGUGAAAAUGUAUCCAAAAAUGUAGAAAAGGAGCAACGUUUGGAACUGAGUACAGCUGACAAGGCUUUGUCUCAUGAUAUGGAUCAGAAAGUCAAUGGCAGUUUCACACAAGAAAAAGAUAGAAACCUGGAGAAUGCAAAUCUAAAUAAAAAAGUUGAUUGUGGAAGUAGCCCAUCUGCAGAUGUAGAAGAAGGUGAUCAGAUGAGAACUGCAUCUAACACUGGUGAAGCCAAUGGUGCACAAACUGAAAAAAGCACUGAUACAUCAAGUGAGAGUCCAAAUCAUCGGAAAAAAUGGGAUGUAAUUGUUACAAUGGUAGAGGUCAAAAAAGUUCCGGCAGUGGAAGAUUUAGUUGAAAAUAAGGAAAUCGUCACUGCUCCUAUAACUUCUGACAACAGUACAAGUAGUGUGCAGGAUCUUAAAGGUGCUUUACCUUCAAAGCCUGAAAGUAAAGGAAACGUGCAUUUUAAUGAUACUACCAACUUAGCUGAAACCAGUGAGGCACAGAAUGGGCAUGCUAAACUGCAUUCGGAUCCUCCGAAGCAAGAAACCUCUAUAUGUGACGCAUCUAGUAGUGAUGAAAGGACAUCGCCAGCACACACGAUAUCUGUAGCAGCUGAAGAUUCUAGAAAUGUCCAGUUACAUGCUUCCGCAAAACUUCCUCCACUGUAUAAGCAGGAGUGUGAGCCAAAACCCAAACCAUCCAAUGAGAUCACGCGAGACUACAUACCAAAGAUUGGAAUGACCACUUACAAAAUUGUGCCUCAGAAGUCCUUUGAUCAUGUAAAAGCACCCGACACAGAACACAUUAAUGAUGUUGCUAAAGCAAGUGAACCCACAGGUUUACAGCAGCCAGACAAUAUGGCAAGACAGGAAAUUGCACAGAAGCCCAAUGUAGCAAGAAUACCUACCUUACCUGAAAUGGCUAACCAGCCAUCACAGAGUAACAUAAACAAGGCAGCUGUUAUUAAUGGGGAUGGAGCUGCUUUCCAUAAUAAUUCAGGUGUUAGUGAUGGUACAAGCAAAUGUGUCUCUGAAAAAAAGGCAGGAAUGGCGACUUCAGCACUGCCAGUCAUCUGCCAACAAAAUGUUCCACCGCAAGAUGCAACAAAGUCUAAUGUGGAAGCGCCGGAUAAACACAAUGCAGCAAACAACAAAAUGAAACCUGGCUCUUUCUAUCUGCAGCUGAUGAAAAGAACCCCUGGGUAUUACGUAACAUCAGCUGCUGCAAAAAAUGCAGCGGGCCCCAUUUCACCGACCACUCCUCCCCCCGUAUCACCAAAAACAACAUCCACACCAUGUAGUCCUCCCCCUGUGUCACCAAAAACGUUUUCCACACCACGUAGUCCUCCCCCUGUGAUGCCAAAAAGCUUUUCCACAUCAUCCAUUCUGCCCUCUGCUAAUACUUCUGGACUUAACAGUUUACCACAUUCUACUAAUCCUCCUGCACCCAGCAGUCCACCUGCUACAAAUUUUCCUCCCAGUAGCCUUUCUUUGGUCAGCAGUGCGACUAGUGGUCCUCCUGGACCAGCCAGUCCUCCCCCUCCUUGUUCUGCUUUAGCCACUAAUCAUCUCUCUCCUCCUGUCAGUCCUCAUUUAGUUUCCAGCCCUUCUGCUUCAGCUCUACCCACUAAUCAUUUUUUGGCUACCGACCCUUCCUCCCUUCUUUCUUCUUCUUCCUCUGCCAGUGUUUCUUUAAGUGGCUCAGAUGGUACAGUAGCUGAGGUCCACACAGUAUCUUCUGUAAACAAGUCAAUUUUGCCAGCAGAAGAAAUAAUUCCUCCACCUCCUGAAUUUGCUGAAAGUAUUGAAACAAUCCCUGAAGAAGAAAAAUCAGAACAUUUUCAGACCUCUACAGAACCAUCCCAAACUUUGAGACUUUCCAGCAAGCAGCCUGAAUCGGUCAGUUUAAGAACUAGAACUCAUGUUACUCCAAGACCAUAUUCUUGCACUGGACAAUCAGCCUUUGCUCUUGCUGUGUCAUCUGCAGUUAAAAGAUCUCAGUCAUUUGAUAAAGGGUCAUCUGUUAAAAAUAACCUGCCCAAAGUACCGCCAAGUGCAGAUGUGCCUGUAAAUUCCACAGACAGUGCAUCAAACUUUGUUGAAAAUCCAGAUGAAAGUAGCAAACCAAACCAUACACAAAAGUAUGAAAUAAGUGAAAAUGGCAAACAGGCAGUUGGCAUACAACCUCCUCACCAAAUUCCUUCAUCUCGUCUCCCUCCUCUAAGCAGAAGUAGCAGUUUUCCAAAACCACAAAUUACUGACCCAGAGCAGAUUCGUCAGCAGUUGUGUGAUGCCAUUCGCUCUGGCAAAGCGGCUGCCAGACUGAAAAGAGUCCAUUUUGCCUCAGGUAUGUCCUUAAAUGGAAACACAUCAUUGAAUCCACCCCUAUCUUCACAACUACAGUAGAAGUUGAGAGUACUGUACCUACAACAAUUGCCAUCCCAACAGAGAAAGUUGACAAUGUGAAAGUUUAAAAGAGAUGAAACAAUGGCUUUAUUUUCACUCCCUUGUAUUUAUAAAACUGUCUGUAUGAUGCAAGUACUCAACAUAUUUUCCUAGAUGGCAUGAAUCCUGAUCUAAACAUGGAAGAAAAAUCGGUUCAAAGCAAUAUACAUGUGCACUAAGAAAGAACUUCAUUGUUUUUAGUAUAUUUUGUUUAUUAUACUUUUGUUUAAUUUGAAUAUUUUGACUUCUUAAUUGUAAAGUAUUUUCCUUUUCUGUAAGUUAAGGGUAUGACUUUGUCUCAAACCAAAGUGGACUAAAGGUCAGCGCUAAUGUUGCUAAGGACCUAAAAUAAUGAGGCUGAGACAAUUUAAAAAAAAAAAAAGAUUGUAGAAACCAAGCACUGAAACCGCACACACUGAUUAGAAGUGUGUAUGUAAUGUUUCAAUUUAUGUCGUACAGAAGCAUUUACAAAAUGCUGGAAAUAUGAGGCUUGUUAAUAUAUAAUGUGAAGACUACUUGGUUUGUGUAAUUUAUCUUAAUUUACAUUUAUUAUAUAGCUGAUGAAAAUUUAUGCAAUGAAAAAUACUUUUAAUUCACAUUAUAAAAAAUUAAAAUUGUGAUUUGUUUAUAUUAA